ACUCACACAGCUACGAUCGUUCCUGGGAUCACCGAGGGAACAGUAUCUUUCACCGAACUCCCUGCUGUCGGUACUACACAAAUCCUCGAUGAUUCACUUGAGGCAAAACCCCAACGACGUAUCCGCUCUCCACAAGCAGUGAUCACUGCUUCUGUGCCUUCAGUUGACCCUACACCUGCCGUCAAUCUCCCUGAUGAGCCAACUGAAAUUGUUGAACAUGAGCAAAAGCCCCUCCGACGCGCUCGUGAUUCACUAGGAGCAACUUCGGAUACCGCUGCUGGACCUAGCCCACAACCUACUGAAGGUCCCCUGGAAGGACAGGUAGCGGGGGUCCAACGGCAUGCUCGCUCUCCGCAAGAAUCGGUUGUGUCUCCUUUACCCAUCGAUCACACCCCAACUGCUGCUGUAAAUAUCCCUGUUCAGCCGACUGAACUAGUUGGGCCAACAGCACAGCCCCUUCGACGCGCUCGUGAUUCACUAGAUGCUUCUCUUGGAGAAACCUCGGAGAGCACUGGCCUACACGCUGAUCCCACCAUGCAUUCUGAGGUUGCCCAGGAAGGACAGGGUGAUCUCCUCACUGGAACAACCCAUUCUCCCAUAAAUACCGGUGAAGUCGCUGAUGUCGUUGAUCCCGCUCAGGUCGCCAAGGUUCGAACUGCUGAGCUGUCCGUGUCCAAGGUUCCAGAAGGAACAGAUGGAACUGUUCUUGAAGGCUGCAUGAGCACUCUACUUCAACAUUCUUUGUAUAUAACUGAGAACAUGUGUGUAUGUAGAUACUUCCCAAGAAAAACAGAGAUAAACAUUGCAUCUUCAACUUUUGUGUGGAUGAUUGGUACGCCUAUGCUCUAUAAUAUUUGGCUUUACGUUCGCGAGUCCAAUGAGGCAGCUAUGCACUUCUUGACUCCCAGGAAUACCAGGCGCCUUAGCCUAUUAUGA